AUGGGGAUAUGCACAUCAAAAAAAAAAAAAAUGGAUGAGAAUAUUUAAAUAGUACCCUAUAAGUAUAUAAAUGAAAUCAUCGAUUUGUUAGAGUUUGCAUAACUGCAUUCAUAUGGAAUAAAGAAAGUCAUAAUUUAUUUGAUUUUGAGAGUAAUUAAACAGCAAAAAAAGAAAUAUAAUUAGAUUUUUCAGGUAAUCAAGAAUCAAAUAAUUAGCAACACUUUCAAUUGUAGACAAUUAAAUUUUCGCAUUGACAGAAAAUGUAUAAAAUUCUAACUAUUAUAAAACAGGAAUAUGUAAAUAAAUAGAUCCAAUUACUUAAAGUUGAUUGUGAAUAAGAUUAUAUGAUGUUAUCUGGAAUGAGUUCAAAAUCUGAUCAAAGAGUAUGGGCUGUUCUAUGUAAUAGGCAAGAUUUUGAAUCAUUGAAUGUAAUUUAUCAAUAUAAAUAAAAAGCAAUGGGAACUCUAAAAAGGAGAUUUGAUUAAAUUAGGAAGAAUGAAAUUGUAGUUAUUGGAAAUCAAUUAUGAAAUUGAUACUUUUAAAUAAUAAAAAGAAUAAACCGUUGAAGAUUAUGAAUAUUAAUCUAAAGAUUUAGAUCUUGAUGCUAGUUAAUGCAGAAUAUGUUUCAGUAAGAGUGGUUCUCUCUCUAAUCCACUCUUUAGUCCUUGUAAAUGUAAUCUUCAUUACUAUUUAGAUUAGGUAUUGGCUCUAUGAAAUAUGUCCAUCUUAAUUGCCUAUAAAGUUGGAUUCAGUAAUCAAUUAAAAUAAAAAAUCAACAUUCUUCAAUUCUAUAUAUAUGGAAGAAAAUAGAAUGUGAAAUUUGUAAGAUGCCACUUUAAAGUACUUACAUUUACUAGGAUCAAAUAUAUUGCAUUAUGCCAAUAUAAAAGCCUCUUGUUCCUUAUGUUGUAUGGAAGAUAACAUCUGAUGGUAAAUCCUAAGAAGGCAUUAUUCAAGUGAUGGAAUUACAAGGUAAAUAAGAAAUUAAAAUUGGGAGAGUUCAUGAUUGUGAUAUCAAGUUGAAGGAUAUAUCUAUAUCUAGAAACCAUGCUAUUAUUAAAGUUAUGAAGUCAGAGAAUAAUAGAUAUAAAUUAGUUAUUAAGGAUAAUAAUUCUAAAUUUGGAACUUUAUUAUAUGCAUAAUCUGAGAAAUUACUAAGAUAUGAAUUAAAAUCACCAUAAAAGGUUCUCUAUUAAAUUGGUCAAGUUCUCCUCCAUGUUUAAAUAAAAAGAAAAAGUCCUUCUUAUCUUGAAUUGUAUUCCUAAUUUUCUAUUUUAGAUUUACUUGUUACAUACAUCCAAAUUAAAUACUAGUGUUACAUAAGAAAAAUAUUAAUGAAUAAGCUACUAUUGUUCCAAAUCUUGAAUAAGACAAAGACAAUUAAUUAUCAUUCUAAACUUCUAAUGAAUUAAAUCAGGAUGACAUAGUUAUUAAUGUUAACUAAAUAUGA